UGCAACGGAACUACGAUAGGGUCUGGCACUUCCUGUAAAGCUAGCUGUGGGUAGCGGACAAGCGGUUGAAGAAAUUACUGAUGUUUUUAUGUAAAAUCGUGGUAUAAUUGUCGAGGGACGUGAUAUUCUGGAGCUUCUAAGGGUCAUAUUUAGGAGACGACAAUGAUCCGCUUCAUCCUCAUCCAGAACCGAGCAGGGAAGACGCGACUGGCCAAAUGGUACAUGCAGUUUGAUGAUGAUGAGAAGCAGAAGUUGAUUGAAGAAGUGCAUGCUGUGGUAACUGUCAGAGAUGCCAAGCACACCAACUUUGUGGAGUUCAGGAACUUCAAGAUCAUUUACAGGCGUUAUGCUGGACUGUACUUCUGUAUUUGUGUGGACGUGACUGAUAACAACUUGGCAUACCUAGAGGGAAUUCACAACUUUGUAGAGGUAACUGACACACACACACACACACACACACACACACACACACACACACACACACACACACACACACAGCACAUGAUAUAUGGACGCAGCAAGUGAACUAUGAUGAAUUAC